ACAGGUGCGCAUUUAUCACUAUCGGGUUGUAUGGCAGAUAAAUUAUUAUUUUUUCUCGAUUAUUUUGCAUUUAGUAUUAUUAUUUUGUAAAAAUUACAGAUGUGGUUAAUAUUAAUUAUGACACUAUUAAAAAUUCUGAAUUGCCGAUUAUGCAUAAAGACCAGCUGCCUUCAGAUUUCGUUUACUGCCCUGUUGAUGAUUUGCCACCGCAGAAUGUACACGGUGACAACCAAACUAAAAUAGAAUUUAGAUUAUACCUAAAGGGCAAUAAGGACCAUUAUAUACUUUUAGACGAAAAUGCUAUGGCAGUACAUAAGCACCAAAAGGUUUAUAGUAUAAAAAAUACUCCGCUAAAAAUCAUUACGCACGGCUGGAAGUCUUCUGUCGAAGAUAGGUCUGUGGUCCUCAUCAAAGAUGCGUACUUGGAGACCGACAACGUGAAUGUCAUAUCGUUCGAUUGGAGUUCUAUUGCUGACACGUAUUAUUGUGUAGCAGCAUUCUUGGCGAAUUUUGUCGCGGAAAUUAUGGCGCUGUUUUUGGAAGCUCUGCAUCUGAAACAUGGUGUUCGUGGGAAGGACAUGCAUUUGAUUGGACAUAGCUUAGGGGCGCAUGUGGUUGGGAUGGCAGCUUCGCAGACCAGCUUUGCGAUCAGUCGUGUGACAGGUCUUGAUCCCGCCGCUCCCUUAUUCGAGUGGCCGUUCCUCUUGCCUCCGUCCCUGAGGAUUGACUCUUCAAGUGCUGACUUUGUGGACAUUAUCCACUCUUGUGGGGAGCUUAUGGGGUUCGCAGGCCCCUUGGGACACGAGGACUUUUUCCCCAACAGCGGAAUGUUCCCGCAGCCUGGGUGUGAAGAUGAAGACUUCUAUACCUCUGCAUCUUGCAGCCAUGCCAGGGCAUAUGAGUACUUCACCGAUACAAUAUACGAUGGCACAGUUUACCCCUCGUGGAACUGCGAAUCAUGGGAAGCAUUCUUGGAUGGGAAGUGCACUAAUAUAAAUUAUAUGGGAGAAAGAGCUGUCCACGCUUUAACGGGGAAUUAUUACUUAUUUAUCAGCUACACAUCUAAAUAAUUUUGGCUCAA